UCUAGUUCAGUUGAAUUUCAAUGGCGACCGUCAGCUGGUGUGUUUGAGAUAGCUGGGCGUGAGUUUGGAUCUUUUAAUCCUUUUCGGCCUUUGGUUACAUCGAGAAGUGCAUCUCGCAAUUUAGCCAAUUACGGCAGCACGCUCUUUGUUCUGUUGAUAUUGCAUUCCGUCCCGAAUCUACGUCGUCAUUGAUUCAUUUCUUUCAGUGUGUGGUUGUGUGAGCGCCUGUGUGAGAGAAGAAGUGUGAAGAAAGAAAAAAUGCACAGCCUGACCUGAGCAUCACCGUCUGUGACUAGAAAAUUAGAAAAACGGACAUUAAGGAAUACCAAUCCUAAUUUAUUCUAAAACGUUCUCGAGUUUUGUAUUUAAAUAACACGAAUCUUGGAAGAAACUUUAGUAACGGAUAUCCGGCUCUUAAAAAAAAAUAAAAAUCUCUCCACCCUCUCACACUUAAGGCAAACACACACUCUCAGGAAACAAGAAAAAAUGAAUCCUAGAAUACAUAUGGCGAUUUUCAUCGCUCUUUUGGCUGCAAGUUCAGUUAGCAGUAGCAUCAACAGUGCAACAUCGGUUGCCAAGCAGCAAGUGAGUGGGCUCAAUCUAAAAGCUCUGGACGAUUUGUACAUUGACGAUGAAGGUGACGACGAUAUUCAGCUGGCGGAUGAAGCUUCCGGAUUAGGUCCCUUGAAACCGGCCCUCGGGGUGGAAGACGAAGAAGAAGAGGAAGAAGAGGAGGAGGAAGAAGAAGAAGAAGAAGUGGAGGAAUACGACGACAACCCUGCGCCGGUAGAGGCAGCCAAAAAGGCCAAGGACGCCGGAACUAUGGCUGCCACCACCACAAACAUGGGCAGCAGUAACAAAAACAUGACGACGGGUAUCAACGUCGACUACAAGGAUGACGUGGUGGUACCACCCAAAGUGAGUCCCGUUGCGGCAUCGCCGUCGAUGGGUAAACCUCCGUCGUCAGCCACCGUAGACGAUGACGAAGACGAUGAUAAUUUUGAUGGUUCCGGCGGAUCGGGUGCUGGAACUGGAUCAAACGUCGAUGAGGAGAACGAAGAAGACGAAGAAGACUAUGAUGAUACUGCGACAGAUGAGGAUGUUAACGCUGGCAUCGACCUCGGUUCGGUCAUUACGGAACCGGUGCCAAAAACAACGAUGAAGCCCGAAAAGAAGCCCGAAGUGGUGGUUGUCGCACCACCCACCUCUCCGACCAAGGCGCCAAAGGAGACUACCCAGGCUCCUUCGUCUCCACCACCGUCCGGUGGUCGAGAUGAGAACCAGCUUCCGGCCGAGCCGAUGACAACACCAUCGCCAAGGCCCGUGGAUCCAUCUCAGGGCUCUCCGGAUGGCAACCGAGGCAAUAAUGAUGUUCAGAUUCUCGAUCACAAGCCAGAUGAGCGUCAGGCUUCAUUCUUCGCUCAGCCUGGAAUACUCGCCGCCGUGAUCGGUGGAGCCGUUGUAGGUCUGCUCUGCGCCAUUUUGCUCGUCAUGUUCAUCGUCUACCGCAUGCGCAAGAAGGACGAAGGCUCUUACGUUCUCGACGAGCCCAAGCGCAAUUCACCCAACUCGAAUCCGUACAAUAAAAACAGUCGUGAAUUUUACGCUUAAUUUAACACGAGGAAAAAAAACUAUCCCGCCAUUCAUUUAUUUUAUUUCAUUUGAUUUUUUUUUCCUUUAUUUUAUGCUCCCGCAAAAUCCAAGCUUCUCAUUUUUUUUGUCUAAACCCAAGUUGAUUAUUUUGAAAUUUUUUUAAAGAUAUCUUGAUAAUAUUGAUGAAAAAGAAACACAGCAAAAAGCGAAUCAGCGUAUUAUGUAUAGUGCAUCGUUGUUACCGCCACGACUAAUUAUUUCACCAUGAAUUAUUAUUUGAAUUUUUUUUUUUACCCUGAUCGCAUUCCGUAUAUUUUGACUCAAAUUAAUCAACUCCGAAGGGAAAGAAAAGAAGAAAAAAAAAGUAACACAGAAAUGCACUCUUCUAUUAAUCCUGAUGAUUCAUUACAGAAGAUAUUUUUCAUUUUUUAAGGUGAGAGGCGGGACUCGCCAACUAUUUACAUCAUAAUUCACCGGCACCAUUUUUUUUCUUCCCUACCUCCCUUUCAGUUUUGUUGUGCCAAUCAUUUUAAAGUAAUAUUCAGUAUAACCACUCACUGCUUAAUUAUUAUCAUAUUAUCUCUUUCUCUUUUCCUUUUGUUUCUGUUUCUGUUGGAAACACUGCACGGGAUAUUGUCGCCUAAUUCUGUCAAAUCGAAUUCUUUUCGCGUGUAUAAACAUAACGAAUGGCUCUCCAAUAUCUUGCGGGAAAAAAAAAGCUUUCUUCUUUUUAAUCACCAUCAAAAUCAGGAGAAUUAUAUUUCAUUGUAUUUUUUUUUCUUAUUGUAUUUUUUUCAACAGUUUGUCCUCAUAUGCAAUAGAUCGAUAAGCAGAUAACAAAAAAUUUGAAAACACCUUUUCUGUCGGAUGAUGUAUAUCAAGUUUUAAAAAACCGAAAAAUCUUGCGACGUUUUCAGCAUUUUUGUGCGUGUGUUUUUCUCUCUUUUUUGUUCAGCAUCUGUUCAUGUUGCUUUUACAGCAUCAUUUCUUUCUUCAAUUCUCCGUUGUGUCGCCCUCCUCACUUUGGCAAUCUAUCAGCCGGCGCUGAAAAGACAUAAAACAUGAGUGCUGUCUUUGCUCGUUUUUUUUUAUAUUGAAUUUUUUUUCCCUUUUUUUUUUUUUUUUUGAACUUUGUUUCCUCCCUGCCCUUUUACCUUUUUUGAAAUGAAAACAAAAUAUAAAUAAAAAAAAAUUUGUCCUUACAGAAAAAGAAAAACGAGAAUUUUUUCUUCUUUUCUUUAAUAUUUUUGGAUUUUUCUGGUGGUGUGACGCAUCGAAUGAAUAAGGCUCGUGUGUACAUCUCCAAAACCAAAAAUAUACAAGUAGAUUGAA